GACUUUUUGAAACUUAUGCGAAAGAAUUUAAAACAUACAGAUGUGAAAGUGAAGUCACGAUAACAAUUUAUCUCGUCUGUAGCCAUUCACAACUAAGGCUUACUCUACUUGAGUGCUUAGCUAAUGAAGUCAACGGUAAUCUCUAUAAAACUAUAAUUUACGUACUCGCGCUGUCUAACAUAAACCAAACAACAACUAGAAUUCAAAAAGUAAACCGGAAGUUAAAAAAGUGGCCUGAAGUCGUUACAGAGCUUGUAGGUUUACCUGGAGCACCGCACAGGUGUCUUUUGCCAGGAGGAAGGACUGACACCAUGAUGGGACCACUCACAAAGCUGUGUUGAAGCUUGAACCCUGCUUCUCACCCAUGUGCUGCAUUCUGAGCUGCUGCUCAUCUUUUCAAAGCAGCCCAGCUGUUAAGACAUCGAACAUGUCUCAAAGCAAGGAUGUGAAAUGAUCAAUUGAAACCCAGCCGAUCAAUGGAAAAGAGAAGGUUUCCUGGCACAAUGUCCAGGCAGGUGGAUUCGUCGUCCAAGAGACGCCCCUGUGUUGGAAGUGGGCUGGCAUUCCCUCAGCCUCCCCAACUCGCCUCCGCCGCCCAGUAUGGCCGCAUUCAGGCUGUGGAGGUUGCGAGAGGAAGAACAGGGUAUGGCUUCACGCUGACAGGCCAAAGUCCUUGUGUCCUCAGCUGCAUCCUUAAAGGAAGUCCCGCAGACUACGUCGGGCUGCGCUCAGGAGACUGCAUCCUCUCUGUCAAUGACAUAAAUGUCUCCAAGGCAUCGCACGAAGAUGUUGUCAAACUGAUUGGACGUUGCUCUGGCAUUUUAAAGCUGGUCAUUGCUGAGGGCGAGCGCCACCGGCGCCACCCUCAACGGGCCGCUGGCAGUCGCCAUCACAGCAGUAACACGAUGACUGCGGCCUACCUGGAUUCCUGCUCCAGUGAUGACGAGCUGGAUGUUUUUUACAAUAACGGUGUGGGCAACAAUAAUGGCCGGUCAGGCUGUGGACCGAAAGGAGGCUGGUACAAACCCAAAGUGGAUUCCAAGCAGCUUGGCAUCAACAGAGCAGAGAAGGUGGUGGCCGAGUUGCAAUCUGGAGGAAUCUUCAACAUGAUCUUUGAAAAUUCCAGCCACUCCUCCAGCAGCUCGGACAAGGACAGGCCCGGGGUGAACUCGUCCUCAAAGCCGCAUCAGAUGUCCGAUCCGGAGUUCAACCCGUACCGCAAUGCCUCCUGCACCCAGAGCAACCCCAACCUGCUCUCUGAGGAGGAGAUGGCCCAGGUGCUGAAUGAUGACUCUGUCUUCCUGGAGUCCGACUUCCGCCACCUCCACAUUCACCACCACGAAGAGCAAGAUAUGGAUGUUGGAGAAGGUGCUGACUUUGGUCUUGAGCCCAGCGAGGGAAUCCUUAACGUGGGGAUGAUUGUCGGGUAUCUCGGCUCCAUCGAGCUCGCCUCAACAGGAACCAACUUGGAGAAUGACAGUCUGCAAGCCAUCAGAGGGAGCAUGAGGCGCCUCAGGGCCGAGCAGAAGAUCCAUUCAUUGGUUCUCAUGAAGGUCAUGCAUGACAGCGUACUCCUGUGCAGCGACAGAGGUCAGGUCUUGGCCACCUACCCUGCAGAGAAACUCGCCUUCAGCGCCUGUUGUCCUGACGAUCGCCGAUUCUUCGGAUUGGUAACCAUGCAGGCCACGGACGACCACGAUGAUCGCCACUUCAGCAACGGGCGAGACGACGAAGGAAGUUUAAGGACUUCAUGUCACGUGUUCAUCGUGGACCCAGAACUAUGUCAUCACCAGGUCCAUUCAGGGGUGGCCAGGAGGUUUGGCUUUGAGUGCACCCCCGACCCAGACACAGGAGGCUGCCUGGAGUUCCCACCCAGUUCUCAGCCUCUGCUCCAGUUUGUUUCUGUCCUCUACCGAGACAUGGGGGACAACAUCGAGGGGGUUCGGGCCCGCGCCUUCCACGAUCCAGACAACGACGCCCAACAGAACCACAGCACCAGCAGCAACAGCGACAGUGGAAUCGGCAACUUUUUACCCGAGGAGAAGAGCAACCGAGUCCUUUUGGUGGACCUCGGGGGCCCUCCCAGUCACAACCACAUGUCCGGGGCCCGCCAGUGGGACAGCCCGCCCUCCUCUCAGCAGGCCUGGAGCCCCAUCCUUGGGGCUGCCGCCUCCCACCCCCCUCCGCCUCCACCUCCUCCGCCGAUGCUGAGAAACGGUCACUACCUCCACGACCCGCACCUCGCCGACCUCCCUCACCCUCUCCCCCUGGCUCACCCUGACCUGCCAAGCAGACUCUCACAAGGACUCAAUGUGCAUCACUACCCGGCGAGGAAGCUGGGUGGAGCUAUGGGGGGAGGAGACAGGAGAGGAGGAGGAGGAGGGGUAGGAGUAGAGCCUCAGAGGUGGCUGCCAGUCCAUGUGCUGAGAGACUGGCGUCAGCAGCACCAGCACCACCACAGCCACUUCCAGGGCCUGAGCAGCGAUCAGGAGUCCUACGCCGAGUCCACCGACGGAUGGUCAUCAGCCAACUGCAGCACCCUGCCCCCACCCAUGAAUAAGAUCCCUGCCGACCGCUACCGGGCCCCGCUGGCCCCAGGGGACCGCAUGCAUCCACCUGGUGUCAGUCAUCCUCCCCCUCCUCCUCCUCCCCCUCCUCCUCCUCCCCCUCCUGCACACCUCCACAGCCACCGGCUGGCUGCUCAGAAAGACGAGUGGGCCAAGAAACUGUUCGGCGCUGGAGACCGGGAGCGCAGCGGAGCACGGCGAGCCGAAAGAGAGAAGAAGCGAGAGGCGAACUCAAAGGAGGGAGAGAAAAAGGGUGGUCGGUUUCGCGGCUUGACGAUGGGGUUCCCUCCUCUGCCACAUCGCUCCUCAGCCAGACGCUCCUUUGGGCGCUCCAAACGCCUCAGCAUGGCCCGCUCCCUGGACAACUUGGAGUCCGCUGCAGUCUCAGAUGGAGAGCUGAACAGCGUGGAGCUGCAGGGCUGCAGCAGCGACAACAGUCUGAACAGCAAUGCCAGCCUGCCCAGCGUCCAGAGUCACCGGCGCCACACCGAGAGGAGGGUGGCCAGCUGGGCCGUCUGCUUCGAGCGGCUGCUGCAGGACCCUGUAGGAGUCCGCUACUUUUCGGAGUUCCUAAAGAAGGAGUUCAGUGAGGAGAACAUCCUGUUCUGGCAGGCCUGUGAAUUCUUCAGCCAUGUUUCCGAGAACGACAACAAGCAGCUCUCGCAGCGUGCCAGAGAGAUCUACAACAGCUUCCUUUCCAGUAAAGCAACAACGCCAGUCAACAUCGACAGUCAAGCCCAGCUUGCUGACGAUAUCCUCAACGCACCAAAACCGGACAUGUUCAAGGAGCAGCAGCUGCAGAUCUUUAACCUGAUGAAGUUUGACAGCUACACGCGAUUCCUCAAGUCUCGGCUGUACCAGGAGUGCAUGCUGGCUGAGGUGGAGGGUAGACCGCUUCCUGACCCCUAUCACAUCCCCAGCAGCCCAACGUCAAAGCACAGCACCACCGGCUCCGACCGCUCCAACCUCUCCACUCCCAAGAAGGAGGACAAGAAGACCAAAUCAGGGCGGUCUCUGAACGAAGACAGUCGGGAUGACUCAGGAGACCGGAGGAAGGGCAUGUUUUUCUCGUGGUCCCGAAACAGGAGCUUUGGCAAAGGCCCCAAAAAGCGAGAGCUGGCUGAUUUUAAUUACAGCACCAACGGUCGUCGGGAGUCCCAGGGUUCGCUGUCCUCAGGAGCCAGUCUGGAACUGGGGACGUCAGGUUCGGGGAAGAAUGAGCAUGACGUUUCCCGUGGCGCCGUAUCAGAACGAGGAGGAGGCAGCGCCCCCUUGAGGCAGUGUAACAUUAGCUUGCCAGAUGGCUCGUGUUGCCCGGUGCCGCUUCGGCCCGGCAUGUCCAUCAGAGACCUGCUGCAGGGCCUUUGUGACAAACUCUGCAUCAACCUGGCAGCAAUAGACCUUUUCCUUGUCGGAGGAGAGAAGCCUCUUGUUUUGGACCAAGACUGUAUGACCCUCAGCUCCCGAGACCUGAGAUUAGAAAAACGCACUCUGUUCAGGCUUGACUUGGUCCCCAUCAACCGCUCUGUGGGUCUGAAGGCUAAGCCAACUAAACCAGUCACUGAGGUCUUGAGGCCUGUUGUGGCCAAAUAUGGGCUGCACCUCUCUGACUUAGUGGCACGUAUAAGCGGCGAGUCGGAACCUUUAGAUCUCGGGCUUCCUAUUUCCAACCUGGAUGGUUUGCGAGUUGUGUUAGACACUGAAGAAAACGCCAUGGGAAAAGACAAAAUCAAAGCAGCUCAGAGUCACCUUCCGGCCUCUGCGAGCAGGAACCAGUCAGCAACACACCACUGGCUCCCACCUGUUGUCAUUGCUUCCUCCAAAUCGUGCACCGCUGUGACUCACCAGGGCUCUAAUGCCCCACUCCGCUCUUCGUGUGGCCCCCAGGGGGACGACAGGCCAACAAGGAAAGGCGGUUCAGCCCAUCCUCAUGGGGAAAAUGGCAAGGCUGGGCCCGGCCCUGGCACAAGCAGCCAGCCCCUACCCAACCACUCUGUCUCUCUGCAUAAGGCUCCGGGGAAAAGAAAGCAGAAAAAGAUUAAUAUAGACGAAGCUGAAGAGUUCUUCGACCUCAUAUCCAAAGCUCAGAGCAACCGAGCCGACGACCAGCGAGGCCUGCUGAACAAGAGCGACCUUCAGCUGCCGGACUUCCUGCGCCUCACGCCAACCAGCCCGACGACGCCUGCUCCCCUCAACGCCGAGCCCAUCUGCUCCACCCCGAAUUCCCGUAACACCGACAACGGCGGCUUCCCCAGCAGCAGCCACCGGGGCAACAAGGGAAACGGCAACCACAGGGGCGGCGUGGUCAGUGGCUCGUACCUGCUCAGUGCGAGCCAUCAGUCGCAGAGCUUGGACUCGGCGCUGGGCGCAGAGUGCGGAGGUGGCAGAAAAACCAGACCGCCCCCUCCGUUUCCAGCCACCGUCUCCCCCAUCCAGUCAACCCGACCCAGCGCGCAGGGUCUCCUCCAGGACUCGGCCAGGGGGGAGUCGAUCCAGAUGCUGGAGGAGGACGCCCUGUCAGAUUUAACUCUUGUGGGAGAAGGAGAUAUUAACAGCCCCAGCCUCAACUACAUCACUCCCUCCUCCCUGUCGAGUAAACCCCUCCCCCGGCCUCAACACGAAGCACAGGACGGUCGGCCUUGCUCAGGUACCUCCCCGGUGUGAACUCUUAAGACCGCUGAACCUGCUCCUCUCCCUUCACCUGGCUGUUAGUGGGACCGGUGACCCACUGGAGUCAGUCUGAAGUUACUUCAGUCGCCGCUACUCACACGUGGCAGAAAAUGCAUCUGAAUCUCCUCCUUUCCUGCCACUAAAAUAGUUUUCAGUUUCUUAGACGCUAAUUAGAAGUUUUAUUCCAGGACUGUCUAAAAAUACACACAACAA